AUGGUCGGCCAUACACAGCAACCAGGGGGGCGCGGGAAUCCCGGCCCAGGGCCCUCGCCCUCCCCCGGCCCGGGUCCUGGCCCCGGUGCCUCGGAUCGGGUGGCCCUCAAGAAGGAGAUCGGGCUGGUGAGCGCCUGCACCAUCAUCGUCGGGAACAUCAUCGGCUCGGGCAUCUUCAUCUCCCCUAAGGGGGUCCUAGAGCACUCAGGCUCUGUGGGUCUGGCCCUCUUCGUCUGGGUCCUGGGUGGGGGCGUCACUGCCCUGGGCUCCCUCUGCUAUGCUGAGCUGGGAGUCGCCAUUCCCAAGUCUGGCGGGGACUAUGCCUACGUCACCGAGAUCUUCGGGGGCCUGGCUGGCUUCCUGCUUCUCUGGAGCGCCGUCCUCAUCAUGUACCCCACGAGCCUGGCCGUCAUCUCCAUGACCUUCUCCAACUACGUGCUGCAGCCCGUGUUCCCCAACUGUAUCCCCCCCGCCACUGCCUCCCGUGUGCUUUCCAUGGCCUGUCUGAUGCUCCUGACGUGGGUGAACAGCUCCAGCGUGCGCUGGGCCACACGCAUCCAGGACAUCUUCACGGGGGGGAAGCUGCUGGCCCUGUCGCUCAUCAUCGGUGUGGGCUUUGUCCAAAUCUUCCAAGGGCACUUUGAGGAACUGAGGCCCAGCAAUGCCUUCGACUUCUGGAUGACACCCUCCGUGGGUCACCUGGCCUUGGCCUUCCUGCAGGGUUCCUUUGCCUUCAGCGGCUGGAACUUCCUCAACUAUGUCACUGAGGAGCUGGUUGACCCUCGAAAGAACCUACCUCGCGCCAUCUUCAUCUCCAUCCCGCUGGUGACCUUCGUGUACACCUUCACCAACAUAGCCUACUUCACUGCCAUGUCCCCCCAGGAGCUGCUGGCCUCCAAUGCAGUGGCCGUGACCUUCGGGGAGAAGCUGCUGGGCUACUUUUCUUGGGUCAUGCCCGUCUCCGUGGCACUUUCCACUUUCGGAGGGAUCAAUGGCUACCUGUUCACCUCCUCCAGGCUGUGCUUCUCCGGAGCCCGAGAAGGGCAUCUGCCCAGCCUGCUGGCCAUGAUCCAUGUCAGACGCUGCACCCCCAUCCCUGCCCUCCUCGUCUGCUGUGGGGCCACGGCGGUCAUCAUGCUCGUGGGAGACACAUACACGCUCAUCAACUACGUGUCCUUCAUCAACUACCUCUGCUAUGGCGUCACCAUUCUGGGACUGCUCGUGCUGCGCUGGAGGAGGCCUGCCCUGCACAGACCCAUCAAGGUAAACCUCCUCAUCCCCGUCACAUACUUGGUCUUCUGGGCCUUCCUGCUGGUCUUCAGCUUCAUCUCAGAGCCCAUGGUGUGUGGGGUCGGGGUCAUCAUCAUCCUCACGGGCGUGCCCAUUUUUUUCCUGGGAGUGUUCUGGAGAAGCAAACCAAAGUGUGUGCACAGACUCACAGAGUCAAUGACACGCUGGGGCCAGGAGCUGUGUUUCGUGGUCUACCCCCAGGACUCCCCGGAGGAGGAGGGGAACGGCCCCUGCCAGCCCUCCCCGCUGCCCACCACGGACAAGCCUUUGAAGACGCAAUGAGACAUUUGCAGGGCACGAAGCAGCUGUUUCUGU